AAUAUGUAUGUUUUUAAAUACAAACCGUUUUUAAUGUUUCACACGUGAACUACAGUAUUGUGUGGAAUUGUAAGAAAUUACAUUAUGAUUUAUCAAUAGGUCUCUCUCAACUCGCAUCAGGCAGAUCAAUUUACAUCGAUAAAUCUUUCUUGGAAGCGGUGGCGCUAAAGUGUUAAUUUCAUAGUAAACUUGCUUUAAUGCUAUUAUACAGGUUAUUUGAGUCAAUAAAACAAAUACCAUUAUCAAUAUUUCAUUGAAACUCAAUUGCUUUCUGAUUUGAGAAACAGUGCGAUUUCCAUUAAAUAACUUUUCAGUACGACCAUGGGAAAUAAAUACAACGCAAAUGUUGUAUCACGAAAAGUCAAUUCUCAUAAUGAAACUAAAUGUUUUCAAUUACUCGAUUAGUAAACAAGAGCGCGCGGGUUGCUGUUUUCUGUUGAAGUUUGAAUGGUUCUGAUAUGUGAAAAUGUUUCUUUUUAAACAGAAUGGUCUGUGAGUAUUAACGCAUGUCCGCCACUCAGUAACGCACGUACUUUGUGUCGCCGUGCAAUGCCGGAAGUGGUUCAGGAAACCGGAAAUGGUCAUAUACUUUUCCGAGGUUAAUCAGUGUCAAUCACAUUGUAUGAGCCUUCCUCUUGAAUGCGUCACACAUUAAAAUAAAUUAACGAUUUUAGUAAAAUAGAGUGCUUAAAAUAUCACUUUGUUUGUGUACAUAAAUUCAAGUGUGAUCUUUUUUUUUUCUGUCACGACAAUAUGAUAAAUCAUGUAUUCAACUCAAAUCUCUGCGAGCCGGACUUUUGGAAAGUAAAUCUAUAUACCGGUAUGCGUAUACUAGUCUAGUCAACAGCAAUAUCCUCAAAAACGUUAAAACCAGAAACUUAAACUAAAAACAUAAAAAGGUAUUAAAAAAACUAUAAAUCAUAAUUUGCCUGCAGUGCUAAGUUCUUUAAUUUAUUCAACAUUGUAUAGGCCAGUGUAUGUUGCAAAUUCAUAGAUGAUAUAUCUUCAUGUAAACAUAUAACACAGACGGACUGGAACAACACUUUACACGCCUUAAGCCCCAUUUUCCCAGAAUAAGGCUUAAAAACUCAGAUAAACAUCACGCAAUACAAAAGAUCCAAACGAGGUGGUUGUACUUGCGACUCGCUAAAUGUUCAAAAAAUGAUUUUUCAAUUUUUUAUUAUCGAUUUUUUUUGUUAUCUUAUGUAUAUAUAAUGUUUAUUAAAUAUACGGUAUUGUGUUAUGUUUUUGUGAAACAAUGGCAAUACCAGAUUAAGAUCGUAUAUAGAACUUUGAGUUAAAAUGUUACAACGAUAGAAGCAAAGAAACGUGCACCUGUAUUAUGAAGUACUUCCAUUCAAGUAUAAUCAGUUAUUCUAAACAUCAUUGAUUGUUCGUUCUGAUGUUCUUAUUUUCCUGCGUUCUGUGAAAACUGGGCUUAAUGCAUCUGCGUAAAAUGUGGUCCCAGAUAAGCCUGUAGAGUCCGCACAGGCUAAUUAGAAACAACGCUCUCCGCCUUUAAAGAAUCUGUGUAUAGAAAAUACAUCAUUUUAACGAACGAGUCCAUAAAUGUUGAAAGUGUCGUCCAUUAUAAGCUUGUGCGGACUGCACAGGCAAAUCUGUGACAAACUUUACGCACAUGCAUCAAUCCAGCUUUACCAGAACGAGUUUCUAAUUUGUAAAUGAAUUCUAAAGAUUCUUCGCUGUUUGAUUUGGAAUAGGAGUCAAGUGCAUUAUCGGUUUUAUUGCAUGUUGUAUUGUUUAGUGGCUUCGCUCCAGAUGACAAAUCAGUGGAUCGAAUUUAAUAUAAAAGAUAAAUGUAUUAAACAAUUCUUUAAUUGUUACGUGUGGGGGUUUUUUCUCAAUAAAAUUAAGCAAAUUCUUAACUGAAUUUUCCGUAACAGAAAUCCAUGGUAUGUAACAGUGCUUUCAAUUUUAGAGGAUUGACUUAUGUUUUAGACGAAACUAAACAUUUUAUUAUACAAUGAACACCCAUGUCCAAUAAAUGCCGGUAACAUAACCACUUUACUUAACAUAUUGGAAUAAAUCUUAAUAUUAAUUUAAGGAAAUAAGCAAAUGUUGUCUGUAAGUAUUGUAAAAGAAAUUGAAUUAUAUUAGCAAAAUUGCCACUAGAUACAUUAAUACGCACCAGCCAGUCAGCGUUUAGCUCUGCAGACGUCUGCUGUACAGUUCAGCCGAUACUGCGAUUCCUCAGUUUUAAUUGGCUGUAAUAAAGUCGCGCGCAGGCUUCGAGCGCAUGUCAGAAACGAUUCCUGGAAAUUUGUUUCUAAUCAGCGUUAAUAGACUCAAAUUGGGCGAUCAGCUAUUAAAUAAUUCAGUUUGCAGAUGGAAAUGUAAUAUCGCCAACGAUAUAUUUAUAAGUAAUGCUAAGUACUAGAAAUGAAGUGUAUUUAACAAUUAAUAUCAUAAUUUUCCGAAAAGGGACUUUAAAUAAAAUAUAUAAAUAAUCGAAUACGAAUUAUUAAUACUGAUGUCUGCUAUAUUUUAUUUGUAUUCAAACUAUAUUUGAUGUGGCAAGACCUACGUCGGCAUUGACGAAUUUCAAUCAAGCGUUCCGUGAUGUCGUCUGCACGACGCGGUGGAUACGAUAUCGAGACGCUUAUCGGCAUCAGAGAAGACGACCAGAUGUAUCCAGGUUAUUCCAACAACCAGUGCGUCCCUGAGCUAAAGAUCCCGACAUUUCUUAGUGGACAGCGGUCAGCAGACGACCUAGGUGAAACAAGUUCGAAUUAUGUGUACGCGGAGACCAGUGACGUCAGCAAGGAUUGUGAUGCGCGUGAUACACGUCACAUGAAGACGGAAACGAUGGCUGAUUCUGUCGGUAUUGAAGAAAACAGUGCGGAAGUUGAGUCCGAUGAGCUGGCCGACUACGACGCGGAAAACUACGGGAAGCGGAAGCAGCGGCGCUACCGGACCACCUUCACUAGCCGCCAACUGGAUGAGCUCGAGAGGGCCUUCCGGAAGACGCACUACCCGGAUGUGUUCACCAGGGAGGAGCUGGCACUACGUAUAGACCUCACUGAGGCGAGAGUGCAGGUUUGGUUCCAAAACAGGCGAGCAAAAUGGCGGAAGAAGGAGAAAGUCGGACCAACCAGUCACCCAUUUCUUCUCGGCAACUUCUCGGCGGAUAUGACGUCACCCAGCAUUCUCGUCAACGAUCCACUGGCGUUCUCUGACCUGUUUUUUAAGACGUGCGACCGCCAGCUUCUUCAGAAAUAUAUUCUCCCUGGUUCGUGUCUGAGUGCGAGACUGUCACUCCUGGCUUCUCUGCCACCCAUUGUACGCAAUAACCAUAUGCCGCUUUGUUACGGAAGUGACAUAAUACGUGGAUCACAGCAGUUUUUCGAAAUAGAUUCUCUGCAUCCCCAGUCAAGGAGACCAGAUUUCCCGGAUGGUGACAAGAGACUCGGAAGAGCGCGUGAUCUCGUGCAUUCUACACUGGAUUAAAAAGACACUGUGUUUGAUGUAUGUUCCUAUUUGUUUUUAAGUGAUUGCUACCUUCGACUUUGGUUGACUGGUGUACGUGAUGAGUGCCUCAUGUCAAUAUGAAUUUUUGCAGUUUUCAGCAAAAUUGGACAACUAUUCGUCCUGUUAGAUGCAAAGAAAUUAACAACUGUCUUUUAAUAUACAUGUAUAUUUCACAUUGUAUAUGUGUGAAUAUUAAUGCGCGUUUAUUCACUUAAAAUAUACAAAGCCGGCAUAGAAGGUAAAUUACUUAGAAUAAUAAAAAAUAUGUAUGAAAAUGUUAAGUCAUGUGUUAAGCAUUGUGCAUCAUACUCUGAAUAUUUUAACUAUGCUGUAGGUUUACGGCAAGGUAAAGUUAUGUCCCCUUUGUUGCUUUCUGUAUUUGCAGAGGACUUAAAAUUGUUUUUACAUAAUGACCCCUCUUCCGGUCUAAGUAUUGAUGACAUUGUAUUGUUAUUGUUGCUUUUCGCAGAUGAUAUGGCCAUAAUCGGUAAAUCGCCCGCGGAAGGGCAGAAACACUUGGAUCUUUUAACAAAUUACUGUAAAUGCUGGGAAUUAAAGGUUAACACUGAUAAAAACUAAAAUAAUGUUUUUUUUGCUUAGGAGGAAAUUUAUUUCCAUCUGAAACAUGGACCUUUGAAGGUCGGAAAAUAGAAGUAGUAAAAGAUUUUAAUUAUUUGGGAACCGUUUUUAAUUAUACUGGAAAUUUUCAGCUAAAUAAAGCACAUUUAUGUGGAAAAAUACUUAAAGCUAUGAAUAUAUUAUUUAACAAAUGUAAAGAGUUUGACUUAAAACCCCAAACACAAUGUAAGCUAUUCGAUGCUUUUGUCGGAUCCAUACUGAAUUAUGCUUGUGAGAUAUGGGGUAAAACAAAGUCAAUUGAAUUGGAAAGGGUACACUUAAAGUUCUGUGAACGAUUGUUAAACGUUAAGCAAAAUGUAUGUAAUGCUGUAGUGUAUGGCGAGUUAUUUAUUCAUAGAUAUGUUAAGAUGGUUAAAUACUGGUUUAAACUUAUUCAAACUGAUCACAUAAUUUUAAAAUCAAUUUAUAUACAAGCUCUAUAUGAUUGCCGAAAUGUUAGACAUCUACGGUUUGUCAUACGUGUUUAAUAAUCCAAGCUCUGUCGAUGUUAAGAUAUUUAUACGACAUUUAAAAAAUGUUAUCGAUACUUAUAAACAAGAUCGGUUUCGACCUGUUGAAAAUAGCUCUAUUUUAACUAUGUACCGUGUGUUUGAGUCUAUGUUUGUUUACGAAAAUUAUUUAGAUUUAUGACGUAAAUCACUAAGACACUACGUCACAAAGUUUCGAACUUCGAGUCUGCCACUAAGAAUUCAAACUGGAAGAUAUGCUGGUCAAAAUAUACCACGAAACGAACGUUAUUGUCUUUGUUGUAACGAAUUAGAUGUCGAAGAUGAGUUUUAUUUUGUUUGUAAAUGUUCUUUAUACACUGAUAUUAGAAGAAAUGUUAUGUUAGGCCUUCUGUUUAUAAAUUCCACCAAUUGUUGAAUACAACGGAUAAAUUUGAACUUAUUAAAUUAGCAAAAUAUGUUAAAGAUGCUCUGAUUUUAAGAAAUAAUAUUUCUCAUGUUAUUACUUAACUUCAAACUUUAUCCUCCAUAUUUAAAAAAGUAUUUUACCUAGUAUUUUCUUAACCGUUUACGAUGCUGCUUAUGUUUUUAUAUUAUUACUUUGUUUAUCUCUGUGACAUAUUUGAUUGUGAAAUAUCUAGUGUUUAGACGAUGUAAACUGUGCAAGUCUGAAUAAAUAUGUCAUGUCUUG